AUGGUCCGUGCAGUGCCGGUUAAAUGCCUUAAUCAGGCCAGCAACGCCCAAGGGAAGACAAAACCAACACUUGUAACAAAGAGCCACCUUCAGGUUGCUGCUUUCGCCCACCUAACUCCACAGGUCUCACGCACAACACUUGUGGUGCUCACUUGCUUCCUCAAGGCUGCUCAGUUUCUGCCUCCUCUUCAAUCUAGUAUGGUAAUGGAAAUAAUCAUCUCUGUGGUCUUGCUGUUCAUGGGCAUCGCGGUCUUGGUGGUGAUUCAUGUGUGCAUAGUAGGGAGAGCAUUCCGGGAAGGAGGAGGAUUCAGUAGAGGACUGGUGCAGAGAAACAGCAACUCCGCGGCCUCGAAAUUGUCGAGCGAAGACUUGAAGAAGCUGCCUUGCUUCGAGUACGGUUCGGGGGACAAGGCUUCCGACAGGGACGAGGACUGUGCAGUGUGCUUGGAGAAUUUCAAAGCGGGCGAAAAGUGCAGGCUAUUGCCUAACUGCAAGCACUGCUUCCAUGCUCAAUGUAUAGAUUCGUGGUUGUUGAAGACGGCCAUUUGUCCCGUUUGUAGGACCGGCAUAGCUCCUCCAGAAAGCAGUGCCAGUUUGUUGGAGGAAGGUCGUAUAGAGCAUAAUGCUCUCGUCGAACUCACGUAG